AGAAAAGUUCGCUCACUGUACUGAAUGUACUUCAGUGCCACCUGCACGGGCAGCCAUGUCUGCGGUCCGUUUCAUAAACAGUCCGACUGGAAACGCGUUUCAAACAGGAAGAACUAUUCUGCUGGGAGGAGCAAAAAAAUAUGGGUGAGGUGUCUGCAGACGCCAUCACCAUGGAUCUGCUGAGAGAAGCCAGGGAGACAGUGAGAGGCAGCCCCCUUGCUGUCAUCAACACUCCCAUGAUCCCCUGGUGCCAGACGACCCUUCCCCUAGACAUCCGCUGCAACAUCCACAUCAAACUGGAGAACAUGCAGAGAACGGGGUCAUUUAAGAUCAGAGGAGUGGCCAAUCAGUUUGCCAGGAGACCGAAGGGUGGACAUUUUGUCACCAUGUCUGCUGGGAACUAUGGGAAGUCUUUUGCGUAUGCCUCAAAACACUACGGGACAAAAGGGAAGGUGGUGAUGCCUGAAACUGCCCCGGUGUCCAGAUCGAUCCUCAUACAGAGUUUUGGGGUGGAGGUGGAGCGUGUUCCCACCACCUGUCUGAUGAAUGUGGUGAACCGCUGCGUUCAGGAGGACAACAUGACCUUCCUGCACUCCUACGACGACUUGGAUCUGAUAGCAGGACACGCCAGUCUAGGUAUGGAGGUGCUGGAGGUGGUGCCCGAGCCUGAUGUGGUGGUGGUGUGCUGCGGUGGAGGGGGGCUGCUGGCUGGCGUGGCGGCUGCCAUCAAACUGUCGGGCUGCGAUAAGACCAGAAUCUACGGUGUGGAACCAGAAGGAGCCUGCACCAUGUACAGGAGUUUCAUCGAGAAGAAGCCGGUGGGCAUGAACACAAAGAGCAUUGCCUCAGGACUUGCACCACCCUUUACAGGCAAACUGCCUUUCGACUUGUGCCAGCGGUACGUGGAGGGGAUCGUCCUUAUAAACGACGAGGAGAUCAAGGCAGCCGUGUCUACCCUCUACAGGUCCGGACUCGUGGUGGAGCCGUCGGGCUCUGCCGCCUUCGCCGCCAUUGUGAACAACAAGAUACCCGACCUGGAGGAGAAGAAUGUGGUGUGCAUCCUCAGCGGGGGGAACAUCGGAAAAGAUGAGCUUGCCAACUUCAAAGACUGAAAAAUGUACACUACUUUACAAUAAUGUGACUUUUCUUAUACGUCUCUCCUUUUCUUCAUGUACUGUACAUGUUGUCCCUUGUCUCUGGUUAACAUGCUGUGAAGAUGAAAACACAUUCAGGUCUUCUGAUUUGGAUGAACAAAGUCAUUAAAGGUGAUAGAAAGGCGAAGAA